AUGACAGAUCACGACGAGAUCCCAGAGCUAAUCCCUGCUGACGAAAUAUCUCAAAUAUCAGCUCCCUCAUUCACAACUGCACCUGCGACUGAAGAGUCCCCACGCAAGAUUCCAGUUACAAUCGUAACAGGAUUCCUUGGUAGUGGCAAAACGACUCUACUCAACUAUAUUCUCACAGAAAAGCAUCAAAAAAAGAUUGCUGUUAUCCUGAACGAGUUUGGCGAGAGUAGUGACAUUGAAAAAUCGUUGUCCAUCAACCAAGAAGGCACAUUAUACGAGGAAUGGCUAGAACUGCGCAAUGGAUGUCUUUGCUGCUCUGUCAAAGAUAUUGGUGUAAAGGCUAUUGAGAACUUGAUGGAAAAGAGGGGUAAAUUUGACUAUAUCUUACUAGAAACCAGUGGUCUGGCUGAUCCUGGUCCAAUCGCAUCUAUGUUUUGGCUUGAUGACGGGCUCGGAAGUGAGUUAUACCUAGACGGCAUUGUGGCACUUGUCGAUGCCAAACAUAUCCGAGAGUAUCUUGGUGAAGAAAAAGAUAACACGCUAGUCAAUGAAGCAGCCAAACAAGUGGCGAUUGCAGACCGCAUCAUCAUUAACAAGAAGGACUUAGUCAAUGAAAACGAAAUGGAGCUGAUUCGACAAGAUAUUCAAGGCAUCAACUCAGCAGCUGAUCUAUUGGAAACCGAGCGGUCAAGGAUUCCCAUUGAUUUUGUUCUUGAUAUUCAAGCAUAUGAUGUACACGAUGCAGAGUCAUUAGCACGACAAACGGAGAAGAUAGAGCACCUCAGCUCAGGGCACGCACAUCACCUUAGCCAUGGAGUACAAACCAUUUGCAUUCACUUUGAUGACCAGUUGGAUACGAUUGAUGAAUUGGAGACAUGGAUCCAAACCCUUUUAUGGGAGAAGCAGUGGCCUGGAUUGGAGAAUAACGACGAUGAAGUCACUGUGUUGCGUCUCAAGGGCAUUAUCCAGCCACCCAAGAAUACAGCAGAAAAGGGUAAGCGAUUGGUCAUUCAAGGCGUCCAGGACCUUUACGAUAUCCAAGAAGGUUUUAUCCAAGAAGACAGUGCAGCCGCGCAUGUUAAGAGCAAAAUCGUCCUCAUUGGUAAAAAUCUUGAUCAGGACAAGCUGUUUGCAUCCUUCAAAAAAUCUGUGCCUGUAGAGUCUGUCUAUUGA